CAAGCAGCAAGGAUGCAACAAUUUAUUUUUAGGACUGAGACACAAAGACAGACAGACGGCUGUGUUCUGGAUAAUGAGGUGGGUGGGCACAUGCUCUCUCUCUCUCUCUCUCUCUCUCUCGCUCUCUGCUACUGUAUAAGUACAGAUCUGUGAUGGAGACCCCAUCAUACCGCAGUUCACUUUUACGCAGUGGAGAUGAGCGCUCGGAUAGCGAAAUCCAAUCCGGCCAUGAAACUGAUAGUGCUCUUCACAGCUUCUCUUUCCUGGGCCUUCCAGCAGCAGGCCGUACCGCCAAAGUACCAGUACCGCAAUCCCGUGACAUCUGACCUUUUGCUGUGUGACCAGUGCCCUCCUGGCACAGCCGUGAAGCGGCACUGCACCGCUGACACACCCACAGAGUGCCAGGCCUGUCCUGAGAGGCAUUUUGCUGAGAACUGGCAUUGGGGGGAUACGUGCCAAUACUGCACCUCGGUUUGUAAAGAGAGACAGCUUGUAAAGCAGCAGUGCAACAGCACACACGACCAACUGUGUGAGUGCGCUCCAGGUUUCCACCUAGUGGUGGAGUUCUGCAUCACACACAGUACCUGUCCACCUGGCUAUGGAGUGACAGCUUCAGGUACCCCGAUCAGUGACACGGCAUGUGAACUUUGUCCCGCUGGUCAUUUCUCCAGCGGCGACUCCUCCACCGAGCCAUGUCAGCGCCACAGAAACUGCUCUGAUUUGGGCUUGAAGACACUGAGAUGGGGCACGUCCACCUCAGACAGCCUCUGCAGCACUCAGGACAAGGCGGCAAUGCUGGAUUGCUCUCAGCCUCAGACUUUGUGCCACACUGAUGUGACCCUGUGUGAGGAGGCAGUCUUCCAGUCUCUCUCCUCCCUGCGUCUGUCCUCAGUACCCCUGGAGCGCCUGUUAGAGAGUCUCCCCGGGCGGAGUGUGGAUCAUAAGAGCCUGGAGAGGUUGAAAAAGUCCUGCUCUCCCCAGCAGCAGGUCCUCCAGCUGCUGCGACUGUGGAGGGAGCAGAACAAAGACCAGGACAAGAUGUACAGCAUCAUACAAGGUGUGAACCACUGUGAGAGGAAAGUCUCUCGCUGCAACGGCCUAAAGAACCUGACCCUAGAUGACCUCCUGAAGAUAACCAACAGCCUGCCAGGGGUCAGAGUUCAGCAGGAGGAUGUCCGGGCCAUGUUCUCUACUUGCCUUCCCAGACAGUACAUCCUGCAGCUUCUUCACCUCUGGAAGACAGCAAACUAUGACCUGGAUCUAGCAAAAGCCCUGUCUCACAGUCUGAGGGUCCUGCGCAGCCAGGGGGCGCCACGCCAUCUGCUGAAAGGCCUAAGGAAGUUCAGCCGCAUCAUAGGAACCACUUCGGCGCACAAGAUGUAUGAGAAGAUGUUUGUCAGCGUGCUUCACGAUGAGUCCUGUUUUAAGGCUCCUAAGCCAUUAAAUGAAUAGGGAUGUAGGAGGUUUAAAUAGCAUAGAACAUGUGGAAUCUAUAGCAUAAACAGACACUAAUGCAUUGUCAGAUGAAGAACACACAAACGCAUGAAGACACACACUUAGUGGAGAAAUGUAUGUGAAAGAGCAACAGACAUGGGUACCAUGAUAAUGUCCGGUCUUUAAGAUAUCACAAAAUUACAUUAAGCCAUGCAUACAGUGCCUAACUGUAACACAGGAGCAAGAUGGCAGGGUAGAUUUGUAACUGCUUCUGGGAUUUUUCAGCCAAAGCCUCUGCCAAAAUAAAGCUGUUUUGAUUAUAUGAGGUACCAGGGGACCCUCAGUCUACAGUAUAUGUCUGCCGUGAUGAAUCUAAAAAGCCUCAAAAAUAAGAAAGAAAACUAACACACAUCUCUGUACUCCAGGCAGGCCAAAAA